AGAGAGGUGGACACACACACACACAACCCCUUCUCAGACUGCUACACCAAAGCGGAGAAGAAACCGGAGCAAUUUGGUUCUGCUGCGUUUUCCCGUCUCUUUCUGGACCAGAACUCGCCACGGAGAUGAGACUUUUAAAAGUCACUUAAACCCAUCAUUUGGAUCCUGUUCACUUCAAACACCGCUGAUGUCCCGCCGCGCUUCGGAUGCAGCAAAUAUGGCAUAACUUUACAUGCAUUGGGUCCAGUUUCGCGUGGGGACAUUCAUCCCGGCUCGGACCCCGUGUCCAGGCGGCUGAGGCCGAACAAGAGGCGAGGCGAGGCGAGGCGGAGGGAGGAGGGGGAACCGUGAACCCGGAGCGGCCGGGCGGGAUGGUGCGUCUCUGGAACUGCCUGCUGCUGGGAUAUCUGACCUGGAACCUGCGCAUAUCGGACGCUCAGGGGGAGUACUGCCACGGCUGGCUGGACUCUAACGGGAACUACCAUGAGGGCUUUCAGUGUCCGGAAGACUUUGACACCUCGGACGCGACCGUGUGCUGCGGCUCCUGCGCGCUGCGCUACUGCUGCGCGGCCGCGGACGCUCGUCUGGACCAGGGGGUCUGCACCAACGACCGGGAGGUGGACAACACGGAGUUUGCUCCCCAGCCCAUCUAUGUCCCCUUCCUCAUGGUGGGAAGCAUCUUCAUAGCCUUCGUCAUUGUUGGCUCCCUGGUGGCGGUCUACUGUUGCACCUGCCUGCGGCCCAAGCAGCCCACCCAGCAGCCCAUCCGCUUCUCUCUGCGCAGCUGCCAGGGAGAGACCAUCCCCAUGAUCCUGACCACGGCCCCGCCCAGCCUGCGCGCCCCGUCUCGGCAGUCCAGCACGGCCACCACCAGCUCCAGCUCAGCGGGUGGGGGCAGCUCCACUCGGAGGUUUUCUCUCGGGGGUCCGGCCCAGCAGCAGCAGCAGCAGCAGCAGCAGCAUGGCUGCCUUGUGACUGCCACCAUCUCCUCCUCGGCCUCCACUCCCACUCAGACCCCACAGACUCUACUACCUCCUCCACCGCCUCCGCCCUACACAUCACCGCCCAUGACAGGAGCGCUCCAGCACCCACAGCUGCAGCUCCACCAACCCUCUCACCCUGCUCAGAGCACCAGCUUCCUGCUUCCCCAGCAGUACUUCUUCCCCCUGCAGCCCGACGCCUUCACAGCAACCAAGGGCUUUGCUGACUUUGGACAGAGCUGACAGGCGUCACCAGAGGCUUACAGGAACUCCUGGACGUCGGAGCAUGAGUCAAACAUGGCUGCCCAGGUUGUGACGUUAAGGACUGAAUGAGUGAACUGGACACAACAACAGGCCUGUUUGGGGACCAUUUCUACAUUUUAUGCACUUUUAUAAAGCCAGCAGAUCCCUGUGGUCUAACUAAACUCUUGUGCAACUUCCUCCAAAAAAACAUUUAAAUGUCUCAAAAUGUUUUGUUUUUUAUAGAAGUAUAUUAUACAGAGAAUGUAGGAAGUUUUAAAUGUAAAAAAUGACACCUGAGAGUGAAGAGACGUUUUCUUUCUGUGGAAAUGUGGGCUUUUGUGAAAUCAUUCCCUUAUGUACGCUAAUUAAAAACUGUUUAUUGACA